AUGACCAUAGAAACGGAACAAGAUCAAGCUCAGACUUGGCUGGCGAAGCAGGACCUUGACAAAAUUGGAGCGCAAAACCUAACCCCUCUUACUGAAGAGGUAAUUUCUCGCCAAGCUACCAUUAAUAUUGGAACAAUCGGUCACGUAGCUCAUGGAAAGUCAACACUAGUGAAGGCUAUUUCUGGUGUGCACACUGUCAAAUUCAAAAAUGAAUUGGAAAGGAACAUUACUAUAAAGCUGGGAUAUGCUAACGCGAAAAUUUACCGAUGCUCUAAUAUAGACUGUCCGCGUCCUGGUUGCUACAGAUCUGCUGGCUCAUCAACACCAGACCGUUUUCCAUGUGAUCGGCCAGGUUGCGGAGGGCAGUUCACUUGUGUUCGCCACGUAUCCUUUGUCGACUGUCCUGGUCACGACAUUCUUAUGGCAACUAUGCUUAAUGGAGCCGCAGUAAUGGAUGCUGCAUUUCUUUUAGUCGCAGGUAACGAACCAUGCCCACAACCACAGACUUCCGAGCACUUGGCUGCUGUAGAGAUUAUGCAACUGCAGCAUCUUCUCAUUCUUCAGAACAAAGUGGAUAUCAUCAAGGAGUCUCAGGCUCGGGAACAGUAUGAUCAGAUCAAGUCUUUCGUGCAAGGUACAGUUGCUGAUAAAGCUCCAGUGAUUCCAAUUUCCGCUCAGCUCAAGUACAAUGUCGAUCUUGUGUGCGAAUAUCUUUGUAAGAAAGUGCCAGUUCCACCUCGCGACUUUACCUCUCCUGCUCGCCUCAUUGUCAUCCGUUCGUUCGAUGUCAACAAGCCAGGAUCAGAAGUCGAAAAUCUUAAGGGAGGUGUGGCUGGAGGUUCAAUCUUAAGA